AUGUCAGAAACUGAGCUGGAAAAGAUAAAAGUCAGAACAGCCGAGCAUUUUGAAAAUGACAAAAAUAACAUUUCUUGGUUGAAGGAAGGACCAUCCAGCUCAAUUCAAAAUCCUCUGGAAGACCCUGAUACGCAACUCACAAACGAAAAGCAGGCAGACGAGAAAGCCAUUAAUACCAUCGUUAUAAAUUCAGUAUCCGAAUUCAAAAUCACAGAUGGACCAGCCAAGGAAACCCCCAGUGAGAAAAAACUGUCAGAAUCCAGCAUAUCACUGUCCUCCCUUGAAGAAUGCCAAACGAAAUUUUCCUACCUCCAAACUCAUCCUUCAGUUCAUCCAAGAGACACUGAUGAGGACUGUGCCUCCCUCGUCCUCACCUGUCUGUUUUGCCAGUUUUGGGAUUGUCUCCUGAUGCUCCCAGAUACGUGUGAAACGGUGUGGACCAAUUUGUGCUGCCCCUCUCACAGGUAUCGCCACACCUCCGAUGAAAGCCACUCCCGGAAUGACUGCAACCGCAACUGUGACAUAGACUGCAGCCUUUUUGAAUCUUGCCAGGAGACCAGUGAGUGUCUGGAGCUGGCCAUGGAGAUUUCAGAAAUCUGCUACCACUAG